AUGGGGCUUACCGGCACCCGUUUCGUCAAUCCCCAUGGCCUGCACGAUCCUGCCCAGGUGACCACGGCGCGCGACAUGGCCAUGAUCGCCCUCACCAUCAGGGCGCGCUUCCCUCAAUAUGAUGCGCUGUUUUCCACCCGCACUCUUGCGCUGGACGAGUCGCGCUCCCAUUCCAACAAUGAGCUCUUGACCGGCUUUGCGGGCACCGAUGGCAUGAAGACCGGCUAUGUCUGCGCCUCGGGCCUCAAUAUCGUCGCCACCGUCACCCGCAACGGGCGGCAGCUGAUGGCCAUAACCUUUGGCGCCAGUUCCUCGCGCGAGCGCGGCGAGAUGACCGCCCAGAUGCUGUUUUCCGGUUUUGCCGGCGGGUAUCGGGGCACCGGCCGCACCGUCAACGCCGUCGCCAACCAGCCCGGUCUGCUGCCUGUCGACAUGCGGCCCAAUAUCUGCGGCGCUGGCGCCACCGACUAUUCCGCCGAGCGGGCCGAGCUUUUUUCCGCCGGGCUCGACGGCCAGAUUUCCUAUCUCAACGACACCAUCGUUCCCCCCACCCAUACAAUUGCCACGCUGGGCCGGCUCGCCGACGUGCCCCUGCCCCGCCCGCGUCCCGGCUCGGGCGUACCCGCCAUGGCAACGGGCCCGCUUCCCGAUCCGGCACUUUCAGCCGGCUUCGGUGAUUCCUCGAUCGCCGUGCCCGUGCUGGCGGCAAUAAAGCGCAAUAUCGAUGCGCGCCACGGGGUCGGUGGCCAGCACCGCAACCGUCUCGCCGGCCCUGGCGCCCGCCAGCGCCUUUUCAAGCUUGAGGCCCGGAUCGGCCGGCCCCGGGUGGAUGACCGGCUUCGGCUCAUGACCAAUAUGCCCGGGCGCUAUCAUCUUGAAAAGUGGCCCAGCACAAAUGACAAGACACCCUAUUUCGCUUGCCGUGUGCAACGCAUUUCGCCGAUGACCAUGUCGAUCGCCGCCCCGAUCGGCGGUGAAAUAGGCGAUUGGGUAACGGCCCAUUUCGAGGAAUUCGGCGUUCUUCGCGGCCAGAUCACCCGGUCCAUGGGCUUUGGUUUCACAAUGUCGCUCGAUAUGAGCGAGGCGGAGCGCGAGCGCCUGGCCGCGCACGUCCAGUGGCUCGAGCAGCACAAGAAUUUCGAAGUUUCCGAAAACCGCCGCUAUCGGCGCAUCACGCCCAAAGACCCCCAAUCGACCAUCAUUCUGGCCGAUGGGGUGAUGAUCGAUUGCUUCGUGAUCGACAUCUCGAUGACCGGCGCCGCCGUCUCGGCCGAUCUCGACGUCACCAUCGGCAUGCCGAUGGCCCUGGGAACCGUGGUCGGACGCGUCGUGCGCAUGCUCGAUCCGGGCUUUGCCAUUGAAUUUGUGACCCGCGUCGAUUUCGACAGCCUUGAGCACAAGCUCAUCUGCCCCCGCUCCGAACUGCGCAGGCGCCUUCUGGAAAACGCCUAG